AUGUCAGGAUCAAAUAAUAAUGGGAUUACAUAUCUCACUGUGAAUGAAGGGCCAACACCCCAGGCACACUUGGAGAUGCCAUCUUCCACAACAAGCAUGGGUGGUGAGCCUGCCACCUUUGACACCUUGUUCAAAUCAGUUCAUUUGGAGGCACUAUUGAAAGAAAAUGUCAAAUGCUUGGUGGAGAUCGACAUCAUUAAACUGCACAUCGACAAGAAGGUACCACCUCCUGAAACCUUGGACACGGCUCAGCACUGGGAAAUCAUUAGGGAUGUUGGAGAUGAGCUUCGUGGUAAAGGUGCCGAUGUAGGAAGACUUGCUGGGGACAUGGCAAAAUUGCUUGAUACCGACGAAGUUAGUGACGAGAAAGAUGAGGUUUUGAACAUGUGGAUCCAGAUGUUGCCUGGUUGA